ACAACAACAACAACAACAACCUAAACCCCGGAAGUGGAAAUCAGCUGCAGCUAAAACAAAGAUGGCGACGUCCCAAGAUGCAGAGACUAUUGAGUCGUUUACUUGUUCAAUUUGCCGUGAAAUCUUCAAAGAUCCAGUGAUAUUACCAUGUGGAAACAAUCAUACAAUGUGCAGGGAUUGUGUCUUACCAUUGCUGAAAGAAGAAGUCAAAAAGUGCCCAACUUGUCGCACAGAUAUAACAAGCGUUAAAGGAGUGAAAAGAAAUUCAGCUUUAAAGAUCAAAAUGAGAAAGACACAUCUCCCAUGCUUUGGGUGUAAUGAACAGAUUUGUGUAAACAAUAUGAACGAACAUAUUGCAAGCUGUGAUAGAAUCGACAAAAGGAUCUCAUACUUCAAACCUGUGAAAGAAACUACUCAGAUAAUUCCAACGGAUCUUCCCAAUCGGUGCACCUUCAAGUGUCCGUACUGUGAUGUCAAGAAUCUUGAAGCAAGGGGUUUGAAGGAACACUGCAUCGAACAUCAUCGUUACGAUUCACAACAAGUGGUUUGUCCCAUUUGUGCCUCAAUGCCAUGGGGGAACAAGAAUCAAGCAAGCUCGGACUUUCUCAAACAUCUCGACAUGAGGCAUAAGUUUGAAUAUGACACCUAUGUUGAUUACAGCCAAGAUGAUGACGCCAUGCUCCAGGCAGCCAUCAGAGCUUCAUUGCAAAGUUCUUGAGAUGCCAUGGAAUAUGACAUUUUAACCUCCAAAAAUAUUGUACUUUACCAAUUAAGUGAUGAUUUUCAGAAUCUAUUUUUACCUUGCCACUUUUACUGAUGCUAAACUGAAAGAUAAGCAUGCCCUGUAAAGAUUAUUCACCAUUUUUUUAUAGUUUGUUCUAUUCAUUUCCUGGUGGCUUUGACCCCUCAAAAAAGGAUCUUGACAAUAUCUUAGCCAAGUUUAAAUCUUGGUCACGUGCAUAACAAAUCUUGGUCACGUGCAUAACAAAAAGUUAUCAUUCUAAACAAUAUACAAUUUAGAAAGAGUUGAUCCCGAGCUUUAAAUUCCAUUUGUUUAACCCAUUUAUGCCUAGUGGACUCUCCCAUCUUUUUAAAUUGGAUCAAUUUAUUUCCAACAUUGGGGAUGUCUAGUAUAUUUAUUUCUAUAUUUAAAAUAAUUCUUACUGAAAUUCCUUCAAGCAAACAGUGCAGACUCUGAUGAGACGGCACAUCAUGCGGUGUCUCAUCUGGUUCUACGCUUUUUGCCAAGGCUUUUUUUCUAGAUGCUAGGCAUAAAUGGGUUAAUGUUAAAGGUUGAACUGGGAUGAAUGUUAAGAAUACUUUUAACUAGUCUCAAAUCUUCCAACAUUUUCAGCUGCAGCUUUGCUAGCACAAACCAUUAUGCAAAAUCCCUAACAUGGAAACACAAGAGACUGAAAAUGUCAGACAAUUACAGCAUCUUUUACUUCAACUAUUGUUAAGCCACACAAGUUGUUUGUCUUAACAAAUGCCAUGUUAUUGUCUCUCAUCUUACCGUGAGUGUGUUUGAUGUCCAAUCUUCAUAUGAAAUCAGUGUUAGGAGUACUGUUGUUGUAAUUUUAGUGAAGUAGUUUAAAAUUAAUUAAAGUCAAUGUGUAUUUGAAGUGCUUUGUGUUAUAUAAUAUCGGUUGUGCUCUGUAAAAAGAGGGUUUAGGCCUGUGCAUAAAGUGUCGUCCCAGAUUAGCAUAUGCAGUCCGCAGACGCUUAUCAGGGAGGACACUUUCCACUUUUAAGAUUUUUUCGUUAAAAGAAAAUCUAUUAAAAAUCCAGUUUCGGCAGAAAGUGUUGUCCCUGAUUAGCCUGUGCGGACUGUACUGGCUAAUAUGGAACAACAAUUUACGCACAUGCAUUAAGUCUCCUUUUCACAUAGCACGGCUCAUAUGAGGAAUAUUACGCCUCUCAUGUGAUACGGCAUAACACUCGGCUCUUGACUGAUUUGUACUCUUUUAGAACAAUUGACAAGUGUAAUAUUCCUUAAUAUCACACCAUGAGCAGCUUAACAAACACAUAUUGAGUAUUAUUAUUAUUAUAUAAUAUUGUUAACAUGUUCAAUUCCAUUCUGCAUUCAUACAGAUCUUUUUUUGUUCUUUUUAUGCCCCCCUUCGAAGAAGAGGGGUAUAUUGCUUUGCUUAUGUCGGUCGGUCUGUCCGUCCACCAGGUGGUUGUCAGACGAUAACUCGAGAACCCUUGGGCCUAGGAUCAUGAAACUUCAUAGGUACAUUGAUCAUGACUCGCAGAUGACCCCUAUUGAUUUUGAGGUCACUAGGUCAAAGGUCAAGGUCACGGUGACCCGAAAUAGUAAAAUGGUUUUUGAAUGAUAACUCAAGAACGCAUACGCCUAGGAUCAUGAAACUUCAUGGGUAGAUUGAUCAUGACUUGCAGAUGACCCCUAUUGAUUUUGAGGUCACUAGGUCAAAGGUCAAGGUCACAGUGACCCGAAAUAGUAAAAUGGUUUCCGGAUGAUAACUCAAGAACGCAUACGCCUAGGAUCAUGAAACUUCAUAGGUAGAUUGAUCAUGACUUGCAGAUGACCCCUAUUGAUUUUGAGGUCACAAGGUAAAAGGCCAAGGUCACGGUCACCCGAAAUAGUAAAAUGAUUUUCGGAUGAUAACUCAAGAACGCUUUUGCCUAAGAUCAUGACACUUCAUAGGUACAUUAAUCGUGACCCGCAGAUGACCCCUAUUGAUUUUCAGGUCACUAGGUCAAAGGUCAAGGUCACAGUGACAAAAAUCGUAUUCACACAAUGGCUGCCACUACAACGGAAAGCCCGUAUGGGGGGCAUGCAUGCUUCACAAACAGCCCUUGUUUUUUUAUUAACAUUGGAGUAUCAUUUUGCUUUAGUGUUUUAUGAUGAGAAUUGUAAUGAGAUAUAUUUUCCUAUGAUGUUUACCUGGGGAUGUAUUCCUUUAAUGAAAAGCAUUGUUAUGAAAGCAUACUCAUUUAGAUUUAUAUUCUGUUCUUAGUAGCAACACCUACCUUAUGUUGAUAACAUGAAGGGGAGCUUGGAUAAAUUGUCAUAUAGGUUAGUAAAAUAACAAUAUUUUGAUCACUGUUUUCUCUAAACCUACAUAAUAAUGCAAAACAUUACUUUUUGUAUCAUAGUAUUUUCUAUAUACCAGGUAAGUAUUUUUGAGCAUACUUGUGCGCAUUGUUAUUUUAUGUUAAAUUUUAAAGAUUUUGGCAUAUCUGUAAAAUUGUUACAUUCUGUUUGUAGUUCAUCUCUCAUAAUCAAUAACUCUAAAAAGUACAAUGGUAAACUUUAAACAGUUGCUUACCAAAACAGUAACAAUACUUAGAUAGGGAAGCUUCUGAUGAUAGAAAUUCUCAUUGCACAUGGUUCCAAAUAUUUUACUAAAUGCAUGCAUUCAAUUAAAUCAUUACAAACUUUGUGGCUGCAGAGUAUUCAAUUUAACUGGAAUACUGACUGUUUCAAUUGCAUUUUAAAAUGUUCACUAUAGUUUUUGCUACACACGUAAAAUAUGCGUGUGUGAUUGUACUUUAAGAAUUGAUGCAUUAUCAUGAAAACAAACUGUUAUUAAAUGGCAAUUUUUGUACAUUUUAUACCUCAGCAAACAAAUAUGAUAGGGGGUUAAUUGAAGUCACUCUGUUGGUUGGUUUGUUGGUCAUAUAGUCUGUAUAAAAUGUACUCAGUUUGUGGAGAAAGCUAUUUCCUUAUUUCUCAAAUGAUGAUAUUUAAACUUUAAAUAUGUCCUGGUUAUAAAGUGUAGAUAUAAAUACCUGUUAUCAUUAUCCACAUUUCCCAAGUUAUUUGCCAUUGAACAUAUCUGACAAAGCAGUUCGGGAUAUUAGUCACACUGGUAAACACAGGAUGCAGGAUCACAUAACUCUGUGGGGUUCCCAGUUAAACAUUAAUGGAUGUAAACACACUGUUUAGUGGUGUAAUUUUUUAAAAUAACUUUUUUAAACCAUGCAUAAAAGACAGAUUUUAAUGCUGCUGAUGGCAAUUUGAAAUACAUAAGAAUUACUCAAUUUAAAAAGCCUGUGUUCUUGUUUAAAAAUGCCUUGUGUACUGCACGGUUAUGCUGCACACAACAUAAUAUUUUGUCACCGAAUUCAGUUUUAUUCAAGGAUUGAUUCUUAUACCUUAAGAUAUCGUCACAAACUGCAAGAAAAACUAUCUUUUUUGCACUAAAGAUUUUUGCGAAUGUAUUUCAAUAACUUGAGAUAUUUGCAAACAUAAAGUUCUUAAUGGUGUGUUUACAUUCUGUCCAGCCCGUGUGUAAAUCCAUGAAAACCCCGUUGAUUCUGCAUACUGGUUACAUGGCUCUAUUUUGUUUUGCAUGGUGUAAAUAUAUUUCUCUUUUUUAUGUCUAUACUAUGUCAUAUUUUAACAUAUGUUUAACGUCCAUCAUACAGUUAUUUGUUCUGGCAAAUGGUUUGGCUUAGUACUGUUACAGAUUUAUUUAAUUGUUUUAUUGUUAUGCAUGUGUGCACAUUAUUAUUAAACAUAUGCAUGUAUGCACAUAUGUAAAGUCUUUCUAUUACACACCAAAAUAGAAAAUAAAUUUUGGUAGACAA